AUGCACGACAGCACCGUGGCCAAUUGCAUCCUCGUCACCUUCCUUGGGGACGCGAGCAUGACAGCGCAGGACAGGGCCAGGGUGGUUGAGCUGUGGAUCAGGGUGGCUGAGGAGUGCCGAGGCCUCGGGAACUUCUGUUCCCUCCACACAAUCCUUUCUGCCCUGCAGAGCCCUGCCAUUGCCCGUCUCCAAGACACCUGGGGACAAGUUUCCAGGGAGAGUUCUCGAACCUGGAAGAAGUGGGUCAGGAGAGAGAAACGCGUGAGCAGGGAGCUGCUAGUGCAGGAGGCGACCUCCGUGUUAAAGACUGCAGAGAGGGCCCGCCAGGGAGCCCAGGAGAGGCAGCGGCAGCAGGGUGUCGUCCCCUCCCUGGUGACGUUCUUCCAUUCCUUGGAGCUGCUGGACGCUACGAUGGAGGAUUAUGUGGAG